CUGUCAUUUAAAGCUGAGGUCGGACGCGGCACACCUCACUCCAGUCCAAGGUUGGAAGGUGACUGUAUCUUACUAGAAUUUGGAGGCAAUUUAACCAUUCCUAGAAAGGAAAAUGAAUAUCCAAGUGUUUUUGUUGCUGGUUGUGGUGGUUGUCGGAUUGGCCAAGGCUGGUAAAGCUGUGAAGGCGACCCCAGCAUUUGAUGCUGUGAAAUUUAAAAAGGACAUGCGAAAGUAUCAUACAAGAUUUAGAAAAGGUGAAAACGCUGCAGACAUGAAGAGAAUGAAAUAUGACGACAGUCUAGCUUCCUGGGCUCAGAAAUGGACAGAUCGUUGUGAAUGGACACAUGGCCACGUCGAUGGAGAAAGCGAAGCAAUGGGGACAUAUGUCGGCCAAAACAUGUGGAUGAGUACCGGCACUAACCCAGCGCGUGUCGGCAAGAAAGCUGUUACUGCCUGGUUUAAUGAGAAGAAGAAUUACGAUUUAUCAAAUGACAAAUGUGAUCCUGGGACAAUGUGCGGCCAUUAUACACAGAUCGUUUGGUCCAAGACUACCAAGGUUGGUUGUGGCUACAAGCUAUGCAGAUGUGAGACUGGCAAGAAGGGUGACUUCGCUUGCUUAAAGGAAAGCAGCAAACCUUACUCUUGGAUGUUUGUAGUUUGCGACUACUCCCCGGGAGGUAACUACGCGGGAGUUAGUCCGUACACAAAGAAGUCCUAAAACCUGAAUCAAGUCACGGAGUAGAGUACUCUCGCAAUGGACACCACAGUCCUAUUUAAUGUUGAACUAAUAUGAGCCGUAAAUAAAUGAUGAAAUAUUGACUCAAUAGAA